AUGUACGUGCAGUGUUUAUUAACUGUGGCGAGGAUCAACAACGCCCUUCCUUUGCCUUCUGUACUCAAAGGAGCCUUGAAAAUCGUCGAAGGUCCCGCUAGCUCAGCCGCCGGGAAUCCAGAUGAGGUUGCCAAGCUGUUUCCCGGUUUGUAUGGACAGCCAUCUGUGUCAGUUGUUCCAGAUCAGAGUGGAGCUUCUUUGGGAGAGAAGCUGAAGAUUGGUGUUGUUUUGUCUGGUGGUCAGGCACCUGGUGGACAUAAUGUCAUCUCUGGUUUGUUCGGGAAGGGUUUUAAUGAGUGUGCUAAAGGAAGCACAUUUUACGGGUUAAAGGGUGGACCAGCUGGUAUCAUGAAAUGCAAGUAUGUUGAGUUGAAUGCAGAGUACAUUCAGCCUUACAGGAACCAGGGUGGUCGUGACAUGAUCUGCAGUGGAAGAGACAAGAUUGAAACUCCCGAGCAGUUUAAACAAACUGAAGAAACAGCAAAGAAGCUAGAUUUGGAUGGGUUGGUCACUCAGAUGAGGUAUCAUUCUCGGAGGGGAAUGAUAUGCAAAGCUAUGGUACAAGAAGUAACUCAAGGGAUCCCUUCAGUUUACGCUAGAGAAAUGGAGCGUCUCUCCACUAAAGAAUCGCUCAUUCUCGCUCAUUCUCGCCGUAUAUUCAAUGAUGUGAAUGAGAGGAUAACGAUACUUGAGCGGCUUAACCCAACUCCUAGACCAACCACGUCUCCUUACCUUGAAGGCAGAUGGAGUUUUGAAUGGUUUGGAUCCAACACUCUUGGGUCACUUGCUGCUCGUGUCAUAUCCGAGAGGUUUCUUUCUUCAUUUGUGAGUCUAUCAAGUAUGGACAUUGUCAUUAAAUAUGCUAGCACUAGGGUCACCGCCAACGUUAAGCUGCUAAACAUGGUAGAAAACAAAGUCAUCUUGACGUCGAAAUAG